AUGAAUUUUGAUUCAAAUAUGCCUGUAAUGUUAUAAUGCUUAGAGUGAUGAAAAUAUAAAAGAGCUAAAAAUAUAGCAGCAUACAAUUCAGAAAAUAUGUGCCUGCCUUUCGAGUGUGUCGGUCGAAUAUGCAUUUUAAUUGCAUCAUGAAACAAUGUGACGUUGAAUAUGAAAUCUUCAUGAUGCGUUUUAAUAAUGUAUUCAGAAUAUAAACGUAACUACACCACAAAGAUGAACAAAAACCCAGGGCAACUCGUGUACCUACUCUCGAGAAUGUUAUAUUUCCUACUACUACUAAAUGCAACAUAGGUAGCCUUGCACUGCGAGCUGCGGCUAGCUUUACCAGCAGAUGUUUUGCUUCAGUGUUCCUCAAAAUAACCUCACGUGAACAUUUUGUCAACAAUUCUUAAAGAUGGACAAGUUUGUGGUGCGUCUAUCUAAGGGAGAGACGCCUAAAACGUCGAGGAGCACUGAGAAGAUUUACAAGCAAGCCACCAUAGAAUCCCUACGAAGGGUGGUCGUCAUUGAAGACAUAUUGCGCUAUAAAUCCUCGCUGGAGCUGCCGGGGCAGAGCAGGGACAACAUGCUGAAUGCUUUGACCGACCUAAGCAAGAAGAUGCCGUCCAAGGAGGUGCUGAAGUCCACAAAAAUAGGUCACACCGUCAACAAACUACGGAAGCACGCCGAGCCUGAGGUCAGCUCAGCAGCUGCCAUGGUGUACACAGCCUGGAGGACGUUUGUGGAGGAGAAUUCCAAUAAGCCGCCCAUUGAAGUGCGCUCGGACAAGCAGUCAGAAGGCCUGAGGAGCAACGCCAGGAGACUUCUGGCCAAAGCUUUGGAGCUCAAGGAGGACUGCGGUCUAGUGGACAACACGGAGAGGGAGGUGUUCCACCAGAGCGGCCGGCUGGUCAGCGGCUCUUACCGGAGGACGGUGCGAACGCUGGUGUUCGCCUUUAGACGGCAGCCUGAGCUCAGAGCUCAGCUGAAGCGGGACCACUCCUCAGUUGCCCAGCUGGUGUCCAAGUAUAAGAGAUAAGCGUCUAACAAUGAAUCUGCUUUUUAUGCACCAAUGUAUUUUUUUAAAUCGUGUUCAAUGUAAAUAAUCAAUUUGUUAUCAUUGUUAAUUUCAUUAUGGUUAAUUGCGCUUUGUUUUUAUACUGUAUUGAAAAUUUGAAUUUCAACAAAAAAAAAAACAUGUUGAUUUUUUACCA